AUGCCUGAGUUUUUUUCUUUUCUCUCUCCUUGUUCCAUCUCUCCGCCCGAACUUGCUGGUUUGUAUAGCGUCACUGUGAGCUCAUCAUGCUUUCUAGAUCUACUGACGCUCCAAUAUGGACGUCUCGACCGACUCCGACACAAGCGAAGACGUUCUCGUUCGAUCACCGACUCAAGAUAUUCAAGUCAAGAACGUGCCAGCCAUAGUGACAUGGCAAGCCUCCGACGGCCAAGUCCAAUUGCUGGAGCACCUCGAUUUUGUCCUGGUCUACAAGCAUGAUUCGAAGCAGGCCCUCAUUCGCCUACAGACGGCACUAAAACUGAGAAGGGAAUCAGCCAAACCCAACAUAUUCAUCCUCGCCAAGCCAACCGAGGUCGAAAAGCUUGAUUGCAUUAGAAAUGAUAGUGAUGAGACCCUGACCGAGGCAGAAACGGAACAGUAUCGGGUCGCUCGAGAGAAGCUUGGUUCGAGCGCAUACACCUUACGAUUCAGUCUACGAACAUGCUGCCGCUGGGUCUAGCAUCUCGGCCACAGCGCCACCUCUGUGCCUGAGUCCACAAUCAGACCUGCCGCCAGAUCGCAAGCGUCGUCGGGGGGCUAGCAAUUCGGAUUCUGACCGUGGGAACACUA